GAAGAGGCGGAGCUCGCGGAGGAAGUCUGCAAUCGUCUCUGCUCGCUGUCUGGGCCGAAGGAGGGGCUUGCUGGUCGGGGAAAGGCUGGAUGUCCAGCGGCAUCGACCGGGUGCUGUCGGCGCCGGGGUCCUGGGCCGGGCCGCCAUAGUGCGUGAGACCGUGGACUUGGCGUGGGUGAGACGGUUUAAGCGGAAGCAUCUUACAGUGGUUGACUGCCAGCAUUUGGCCCAGAGUCAUUUGGCUGUGACUCAGCCCUUCAGUCAGAGAUGGACAAACAGAGACCCUAACCAUGGUCUCUAUCCUAGACCCAGAACAAAAGGACGGAAUAGAGGUGGAGGAUGUCAGAGAUAUAUUUCUGAGUUCUUCGUAGCUGGCCACCAUCAUUGUACCAAUGACAUGGCCAAAAGCAAUUCUGUUGGCCAGGACAGCUGUCAGGACUCUGAGGGUGAUAUGAUUUUUCCUGCAGAGAGCAGUUGUACUCUGCCUCAGGUCGAUAAUGGAGAAGUGAGGCUGGGCUCAUCAGGAUCUGCUCAGCCGGCCAGGAAGCGCUCUCACUCCUCUGAGGAAGCCACAGAGAGCGGUCAGUGGGAUGGAGUUACUAAAAAGACACCACGCCAUCGUUUGUACCCAGCAUGUGCAAGGCUUAGGGAGGCCAGGCAAGAAGCAGAAGAUGGUUUGUCACAGUGCUCUCCGGUGCCUGGAGAAGCUGGCCGAGACAUUGAGGACAUUGGUCCAGAUCCCUUGCCUGAUUCAUACUAUGGGCUUCUUGGAACGUUGCCUUGCCAGGAAGUGCCCAGCCACAUUUGCAGGCUGCCAAGUGAAGUCCUGAGGCAUAUCUUUGCUUUCCUGCCAGUGGAGGACCUCUACUGGAACCUCAGCCUGGUGUGCCACCUGUGGAGGGAAAUAAUCAGUGACCCGCUGUUCAUUCCUUGGAAGAAGCUGUAUCAUCGGUACUUGAUCAACGAAGAACAGGCUGUCAGCAAGGUGGAUGGCAUUCUCUCGAGCCAUGGCAUAGAAAAGGAUUCAGACUUAUGUGUGCUGAACCUCAUACGAUACACAGCCACCACCAAAUGCUCCCCAAGUGUCGACCCUGAGAGGGUGUUGUGGAGCCUGAGGGAUCACCCUCUACUUUUGGAGGCUGAGGCGUGCAUGCGUCAACAACUACCUGACCUCUAUGCAGCUGCUGGGGGCAUUAACGUCUGGGCCUUGGUGGCAGCCAUGGUGCUCCUCUCCAGCUGUGUGAACGACAUCCAGCAUCUGCUCUUCUGCCUCAGGAGACCCAGCUCCACAGUGACCAUGCCAGACAUCACCGAGACCUUAUACUGCAUCGCUGUGCUCCUUUAUGCCAUGAGAGAGAAGGGGAUUAACAUCAGCAAUAGGAUUCACUACAACAUUUUCUAUUGCCUAUAUCUUCAGGAGAAUUCCUGUACUCAGGCCACCAAAGUUACAGAGGAGCCAUCAGUCUGGCCAGGCAAGAAAACAUCUAUCCAACUAACACAUGAACAACAGCUGAUUUUGAACCAUAAGAUGGAGCCUCUCCAGGUGGUAAAAAUUAUGGCAUUUGCAGGCACCGGGAAGACUUCUACACUGGUCAAGUAUGCUGAGAAGUGGUCUCAGAGCAGGUUUCUGUAUGUCACGUUCAACAAGAGCAUCGCAAAGCAGGCAGAGCUUGUCUUCCCCAGCAACGUCAUCUGCAAAACCUUCCACUCCAUGGCCUACAGUCAUGUUGGGCGGAAGUACCAGCUGAAGAAGAAGUUGAAUCUCUUCAAGUUAACGCCCUUCAUGGUCAACUCCGUCCUUGCUGAAGGAAAAGGUGGAUUUAUAAGGGCCAAGUUAGUGUGUAAGACUUUAGAAAACUUCUUUGCAUCAGCUGAUGAAGAGCUAACUAUUGAUCAUGUGCCCAUUUGGUGCAAAAAUAGCCAAGGACAGAGAGUCAUGGUUGAACAGAGUGAGAAGCUGAAUGGUGUUCUUGAAGCAAGCCGACUUUGGGACAACAUGCGGAAGCUGGGGGAAUGCAAAGAAGAGGCAUACCAAAUGACACAUGAUGGCUAUUUGAAACUCUGGCAGCUGAGCAAACCUUUGCUGGCCUCUUUUGACGCCAUCUUUGUGGAUGAGGCCCAGGACUGUACCCCAGCUAUCAUGAACAUAGUUCUGUCUCAGCCAUGUGGAAAGAUCUUUGUAGGGGACCCCCACCAACAGAUCUAUACCUUCCGAGGUGCAGUGAACGCUCUGUUCACAGUCCCCCACACUCACGUCUUCUAUCUCACACAGAGUUUUAGAUUUGGUGUGGAAAUAGCCUACGUGGGAGCUACCAUUUUGGAUGUCUGCAAGAGAGUCAGGAAAAAGACGUUGGUUGGAGGGAACCAUCAGAGUGGCAUAAGAGGUGAUGUAAAGGGACAAGUGGCUCUGCUGUCCAGGACCAAUGCCAAUGUGUUUGAUGAGGCUGUCCGGGUAACAGAAGGAGAGUCACCUGCAAGGAUACAUUUGAUCGGGGGGAUUAAAUCGUUUGGAUUGGACAGAAUCAUUGACAUUUGGACCCUUCUUCAGCCAGAGGAAGAGCGGAGGAAGCGAGACCUCAUCAUUAAAGACAGGUUCAUCAGAAGAUGGGUGCAUAAAGAAGGCUUCGGUGGCUUCAAGAGGUAUGUGACUGCUGCAGAGGACAAGGAGCUGGAAGCCAAGAUCGCCGUAGUUGAAAAAUACAAUAUCAGGAUUCCAGAACUGGUAGAAAGGAUAGAGAGAUGCCACAUAGAAGAUUUGGAUUUUGCAGAGUACAUUUUGGGCACUGUGCACAAAGCCAAAGGGUUAGAGUUUGACACUGUGCAUGUGUUGGAUGAUUUCGUGAAAGUGCCUUGUGCCAGGCAUAAUCUUGCCCAGCUUCCUCACUUCAGAGUUGAGUCGUUUUCUGAGGAUGAAUGGAAUUUACUAUAUGUUGCUGUUACUCGUGCCAAGAAGCGGCUCAUAAUGACCAAAUCACUGGAGAACAUCCUGACUCUGGCUGGGGAGUAUUUUUUGCAAGCAGAGCUGACAAGUAACGUUCUGAAAACAGGAGUGGUCCACUGCUGUGUGGGUCAGUGCAAUAACACCAUCCCUGUGGACACCAUCCUUACCAUGAAGAAACUGCCUAUCACUUAUAGCAACAGGAAGGAAAACAAGGGUGGCUACCUCUGCCACUCAUGUGCAGAACAGCGGAUUGGGCCUUUGGCAUUCCUGACUGCCUCCCCAGAGCAGGUGCGCGCCAUGGAACGCACUGUGGAAGACAUAGUGCUGCCCAGGCAUGAAGCCCUGCUCUUCCUUGUCUUCUGAGGCUGUGAUUCCACGUGCUGAAGCAGCCAUUCUGGCUGCAUUCCUCCUCAGGAGACUCACAGCAUCUCUGAGGAGGAAGAUACCAACCAGAGUUGGACCUGCCAUUUCUCUGUUCCUUACAGAUAGCCAGUUCCCACUUGCCUGUACUCCACAUGCAUCAGGUCAGGGAAGUGGAAGUUCUUUUGAUAAAAAAUCAUUUUAUGUAUUUAAACUUUUAUUACAAGGUUUCAAUUAAACAGGCAUGGCCCAGUGGCGUGCCACCAUGAAGUCUAGCUUCA